UGCUCAGUCCAUUGAAUUAUUUUGCCGGUGUAACAAGGAGGCACGCUUUACCUACCAAGGGGAGGAAAAACAAAACAAAACAACCAAGAGGGCGAAGUGAGUGAAAAUAUGAUACGGUUCUUCUUUUAGCUACACCGACACCACUGACACCGUCCGCACUCACCCGGCUCGUUUCUCCUUUGUUUUCGGUGUAAAACUUCGGCUCUGUCAGCAUUUACCAGCCACCCACCACUCGUACGACACAGGCUGCCCCCCACCCGGGUGCGAGGAGGGUCGCAGGUGAGAAAGAGAAAGAGAAGGGGGAGCCUCAACUUGACUCGGAAAGCUAACUCUGAAAUCAAAGAAAAGUGGUAGCAGCCCCUCAGACAGUCUCCUCCGUAGUCAGUGGGAUGUUAGAGCUCUGGAAGCAGGACUGACUGAAGGAGCAUGGUCAAACACCAACCCCUCCAAGUCUAUGAGCGCCAGCUGUGUUUGUCAUGUAUCACCGGGAUCUACGGUUGCCGCUGGAAACGCUAUCAACGUUCCCAUGAUGACACCACCAAGUGGGAGCUGCUGUGGUCCCUCAUCCUCCUCUUUACCUUCUGUCUGCUGCUAGUCUGGUUCUACUUCUGGUGGGAGGCUCAUAAUGACUACAAUGAGUUCAACUGGUUUCUCUACAACCGGUCUGGGGAGUGGAGCGAUGGCACUGUUCCCAUCCUGGCCACCACCGCGGCCGGCUUCACCUACAUUGCAUUUUUAAUGGUUUUAGCACUUUGCCACAUCGCACUUGGCCAACAGUUGAAUUUACACUGGCUUCAUAAGAUAGGGGUGACUGUUGCUCUUCUCACCACCGUUGUCGGGGUGAUAUCUAUCAAUCAAACAUGGGGACAAGAGUGGGACGUCAUCCCCAUCUCCCUGCAGGCUACAGGUCCAUUCCUGCACAUCGGGGCUCUUGCUGCAGUCACAACACUGUCUUGGAUUGUGGCUGGACAGGUCGCCCGUACAGAAAAAAAUAUGUUCCAGGCUGUGGUCAUGCUGCUGUAUCUCAGUGUGUUACUGGGCCUUUACCUGGUCCCCCUGUACAUCAGCUCCCCAUGCAUUAUGGAUCCUAGCACCCUCAAACCACGCCCAAAUGUUAUUGGCCACCAGGGAGCCCCCAUGCUCGCUCCAGAGAACACACUGUGGUCCUUCCAGCGAGCUCUGCAGAUGAACACCACAGGGUUGGAGGCUGACGUAGCUAUCAGUGUGGACGGAGUGCCUUUCCUGAUGCAUGACCACACCCUCCGGAGGACCACUGACAUUGAGGAAAUUUUCCCGGACAGGCAGAUGGACGACGCUUCAUUCUUCAACUGGACAGAUCUGCAGCAGCUCAACGCAGGACAAUGGUUCCUCAAGGAUGACCCCUUCUGGACGGUGCGCACCCUGUCCCUGCAAGAGAAGGAUCUGAUCGCCAACCAGAGUGUGUGCAGCCUGGAGCAGCUUCUAAAGCUGGCCUCCUAUCACAACAGCACAGUAGUGUUCAGGCUGAGGAGACCUCCUCCAGAGCACCCCUGCUACGACAGCUGGAUCAAUGAUACACUGCAGGCUGUGCAGCAAUCGGGGGUUCCUCAGAGCCUGGUGAUGUGGACUCCAGAUGAGCAGAGAGCCCAGGUGAGACAGCUGGCACCUGGUCUGAUCCAGACCUCAGUGGAGAAACUGAGUCCUCAAAGUCUCGAAGAGUACGGCAUCAGCAGGUUGCUGCUCAGAUACAACCAGGCUAGCACACAAGAAAUCAGAAACUUCACCCACAGCGACAUCAACCUCACCCUCUACACCGUUAACGAACCCUGGCUGUACUCGGUGCUCUGGUGCAGCGAUGUGUCGUCUGUCUCUUCUGAGGCCCCACAAAUCCUCAAAAAGGUGCCUUACCCCGUCUGGCUCAUGAGCCCAGAUGAAUACCGCCUGAUGUGGGUGUCUGCAGACCUCGUCUCCUUUGCUGUAGUGAUAGGAAUAUUCAUUUUCCAGAAGUAUCGGAUGAGCGGCAUGCGCAGCUACAACCCUGAACAGAUCAUGCUGAGCGCCGCCGUCAGGAGGUCGAGCAGAGACAUCAACGUCAUGAAGGAGAAACUGAUCUUCUCUGGUCAACCCCAGUAGCGGCUUACCUCCUCCAUCUUUCGUGUGUGAUGUGCCCAUCCUGCCAUCUUCUCCGCCAUCAGUGAACCUCUUCCUCUUUUAAUUCCAUGCAUCCAUUGCAUCCCUCGUUACCCGCCGCCUCUGUGCCCACUUUGCCCCUCUCCCCUUCAUCCAUUCAUCCAUCCAUGCAUCCCUUCACGCACCUCACCUCCCCCCUCCACAAUCCUCCCACUGGACACAUGUGUAGGGGAGCUUAUAGACGCCCUAGUCUGUCUAGGCAGCCUCUAGUGCUGGGGGUCAAAGAGGUGGGUAAUGGAGCUGGCAGUGCUGAUGAGCUGUAUGAGGACACUGGCUACAACUACUACACCAAUCAGGGCAUCAGCCAGUGAUCGGCACUCAGCCUGUGAGAAUCUGCUGUAGCAAGACGGAGCCACCAUCAAGUCGGAGCAUCCAGACAGCAUGAAGUCUGUCCGCGCCGAUGAACUGCAGGGACGCGCUGUCUCUGACGGAGAGGACAACCACCCAGUUGCUUCGUGUACAUUGUGUAAAUAGCGCUUUGUUGUUUUUUGCUUGGUAGACAUACUGUAUAUCACACGGGACUACAAGCACUUUUUAUUGAUGGAAGUCGUUCGCCAAAUCCGUGGCCUCCUCUCUCAAAUCAAAAUGUCCGAGAGCCCUCCACCCCCCCACCCGGUCUCUUCCUCCUACCUUCCCCACUUCUUUUUGAACACGAGUUUCCACAUUCUUUAUUUUAAGCUAGUUUUCCAAAGCAGUUCCCUCUUUUUAAAGAACUGUAAAUGAUAUUCUUCUCUUAGCAGACGAAUGCCUUUUUUUUUUUUUUUUAAACUACGCUUUAUUCCAGCAUGAGAUAAAAAGGCUUUUAUGCUCCUGCCUUCUGUCAGCACUCCACUGUGCUGUUGUGCAUAAUAGUACUAACAUGAGUAUUUUAUAUAUAUAUUUAAAGAGGAAAAACAAACAAAAAAUGUGUACAAGCUGUUUACAGAAGUCCUGCCUUCUCCUCCCAGUGAGAAAUUCACACGGUGUAUGUAAGAUAAUGAUUUUGAUAGAGGCUGAACGGCCCUCCUGCUCUACUUCUGAUCGCUGCAUGUGACAGUUAUGAUCAUAUGGAAUGACUUGUGUGAGCUGUGCUCCCAGUGCAACCAGAAGAACUUGUGAAAAUGUUUUUUUUUUUUUGGGUGGGUGAUUAUUUGUGCUGUUUUUUAUUGGUUUAUGUAAAUGUAGUUGGAAUUUUUUCUUCUUUUUUUUUAAAGAUGUGUACAGUUUAUUGUGUGUAUCCUGGCUGGGUAUAUAUAUAUAAAUAUAUAUAUAUUUUCCACCCUGUGUGCAGUGCUGCAGUAUGUUGAGUGUGUUAUAUUGUACAUAAAAGUUGAAAUAAUGUGUGAGACGCUCCAGCCAAUUAAAGGAUGACAUUUAAACAAUGUGAGAGUUAAUUAACAAUAGCAAUAGUCAGGGUCUUUUACACAGCCUCUGAAUUGCAGUCAAGUAUGUGCUUAUUUUAGUGUCGACAAAACAAAUUGCACCAAUGUUGGCUGCUGGUGUAAUAGUGAAAGGUCAAUGAAGUGGGUGGUAAAUGUGAAAAUAAAGCCGUAAGCUAAUUGAAGGGACACUACAGGUGUCACAACAGGGUCAACAAACAGAUUGCCUUUUUGUGUUUAUUUUCUUUCUUUGGGUAUUACUGUGCCUCAGAAGUAAACAUUAA